AUGCAUUUCCUCAUCAAGAGCGCCUUCUUGACUUACUACCUUCGCCUCUCUCCAAACCGCAGGUUCCGUACAUGGAUCGGUGUGGGCUAUGGCCUCAACUUCGGUUCCCUCAUGGUUGGACUGCUGCUUCUUGUCUUUCAAUGUAUCCCAGUAAAGGCAGCACUUACAACCUUGGGUCGUCUCAGCGCGACAUGCAUGGACCGCAACUUUGUCUUAUUCGCGCCAUCAUCGAUGAAUGUGUUACUCGACAUCUACGUCUUCGUCCUACCAAUUCCUACUCUCGCCGGACUACAAAUGCCACUCCGCAAGAAGAUUGCUGUCAUAUCGGUCUUCGCCUUUGGCGCCGGCUCCGUCAUUCUGGGCAUCCUGCGCUUUCACUCAGUUCUCAAACUCCUCUCCAUAAAUAGAACCUCCAACGGCGUUGGCGAAACCAUCAUCGUCGUCGCGCUCGAGCUGAGUCUUGCCGCCAUCGCUGUCAACCUCCCCGCCAUUCGAUCGAUCUUCGUCAAGCGGUCCAACGCACGCCGCGAAGCGACGCUAACUAAUGGCGGCAGCAGAAGUCGCCCGGUGCAGAACGUUCAUCGGCCUCUAGCUCUGAGGACGAAGGAUGCGCAUGAGAUGAGUCAGUUGUCGAGUCCAGCCAGGCCGUCGCCGCUUUCAGAUAGUCGGGAGGAGUUGUGGAGGAAUAUCGAGCAUGCGAAUGUGGAUAUGCCGACGCAGAAGAAGAAGAUGUCAAGGCAUGAGCAGUACACUACAGUUGACCUUUCGUAA